AUGGGGAGGAAGAAGUUCUCAAAUUUGGAGGUGACCUUAAUGGUCUUGUUCCUGUUGAUGUCUGUGGUGGCCAUCACUCUCAUUGUUCUGUUUGCUGUUGGAGAACCUGGGAAUGACGACGACGAUAGUACAGAAGUGGUUCCUCAGUGUCCCAGCAUCCCUCUGGCUGAGCGAGUAGACUGUUUCCCCGACGCUGGUGCAUCAAAGCUGAAAUGUCAGCAGCGCGGAUGUUGCUGGAGCCCACUGGAUGAGAGAAACGUGCCCUGGUGUUUCUUCUCAACCAACCAUGGCUACAGUGUGGAGUCUGUGGAGCAACCCAGCCCUUACGUAAUGAAUGCCCGUCUGAAGAGAAUGGCUGCUCCAUCUCUGUUUGGGGCCGAUAUUGUCGAACUCUCAUUUCACGCAGAGAUGCAGUCGCACAAUCGACUCCGAUUUAAGAUCUCAGAUGCCCAUAAGCAGAGGUUUGAGGUCCCUCAUGAGCAUGUAAACAUCCCCAACACCCAUCCCUCAAGCCCUAUUAGCAACAGGCUGGAGAUCACACACAGACCCUUCAGCCUCUUAGUGCACAGGGAGGAGAACAAGAAAGUCCUGUUUGACACCUCAAUUGGUCCGCUGAUUUUUGCCGACCAGUACCUGCAGCUGUCUGCCAGACUACCAUCUCAUAAUAUUUAUGGACUGGGAGAACACGUCCAUAAAAAUUAUCGCCAUGAUACUAACUGGAGGACUUGGCCGAUUUUCACCAGAGAUGCCUUCCCCAAUGGGGUAACACACAACCUCUACGGGCACUACCCCUUCUUUCUCUGUCUGGAAGACAACAGUGGAAAGUCAUUUGGAGUCUUUCUCAUGAACAGCAAUGCUAUGGAGGUGACCUUACAGCCAGCUCCAGCUGUGACUUACAGAACGAUCGGAGGAGUUUUAGACUUCUACAUUCUUUUUGGAGACACACCAGAACAAGUGGUGCAGGAGUUCCUUCUGCUGAUUGGCAGGCCUGUAAUCCCCCCCUAUUGGUCACUGGGUUUCCAACUAUCUCGAUGGGACUAUGGUAGCCUGGAUGAGGUCAAGAAAACUGUAGAGAGGAACCGUGCUGUGGGUCUCCCAUAUGACAUCCAGUACACUGAUAUAGACUACAUGGAGGAUAAGAAGGACUUCACAUAUGACAAACUCAAGUUCAGAGAUUUACCUCAGUUUGCUGACUACCUGCAUGAGAAGGGACAGAGAUACAUCCUCAUCCUGGAUCCGGCGAUAGCCACUAGUAAGAGGAUUGGGAAUGCUUUGUAUGAAUCAUAUGACCGAGGGACAGCAAAGAGCGCCUGGGUUAUGGAAUCAGAUGGAAGAAAACCUUUACUUGGAGAGGUAUGGCCAGGUGAGACGGUGUUUCCAGACUACACUAGCCAAAACUGUAUCGACUGGUGGGUCGAUGAGUACGACAGAUUCUACAAGGAGAUCAAACAUGAUGCAUUGUGGAUUGUAAGGAUAAUGAAUGAGGUGGCUAACUUCAAGAAAGGAUCAACUAAAGGUUGUGCUGAUAACAACCUCAACUACCCUCCUUACACUCCUAGGAUUUUGGAUGAGGUGAUGUACAGUAAGACGCUGUGCAUGGAUGCCAAGCAGGCCUGGGGGAACCACUAUGAUGUCCACAGUCUCUAUGGCUACUCCAUGGUGCUGGCUACGGAAAAGGCUCUCCGGCAUGUGUUUGGUGGGAACCGCACUCUGAUGCUGACCCGCUCUUCUUUCCCUGGUGUUGGGAAAUAUUCGGGUCACUGGCUUGGGGACAAUGCUGCCAACUGGAACGACAUCAAAUGGGCCAUUCCUGGCAUGCUAGAAUUUGGCCUGUUUGGGGUUCCCUAUAUCGGAGCUGACAUCUGCGGUUUCUUUGACGAUAGCAGCGAGGAGUUGUGUCGCCGCUGGAUGCAGGUGGGAGCUUUCUACCCUUUCAGUCGGAACCACAACGCCCAGGGCUACAAGCCCCAGGACCCAGCAGUGUUUGGCCCCAAUUCAAAACUGGUAGCGAGCUCCAAACAUUACCUGAAAAUCCGUUACACCUUGCUGCCCUACCUUUACACAUUGUUCUACAAGGCCCACACCACAGGAGAGACUGUUGUACGCCCUGUCAUGCACGAGUUCUACUCUGAUCAAAACACCUGGAUAGUGGAUCGACAAUUCCUCUGGGGAAAACACCUGCUAAUCACACCUGUAUUAGAUCCGGGGGUGGUGAGGGUGACUGCAUACGUCCCAGAUGCUGUGUGGUUUGACUAUGAGACGAUGGAGCGCCUGAAAGUCCGCAAGCAGCAUUUUCAGAUGGAUCUACCAGCAGACAAGCUUGGUUUACACAUCAGAGGAGGCGCUAUCCUCCCUAUACAGAGACCUGCCGUCACCACCACAUACAGUCGGCGUAACCCCAUGGGUUUGAUCGUUGCUCUUGAUGACAACAACCAAGCAGCAGGGGAGCUAUUCUGGGAUGAUGGAGACUCUCGGGAAACGGUGGAAACUGGUAACUACACCCACUACAAGUUCUCUGCUACCAAUGAAAUGUUGACUAUGCAGGUCAUCCAUGCUGGAUACAAAGACCCAAACAACCUCGAGUUUGAGAACAUUACAGUCAUCGGAGUGCCACAGCCUCCCAUAUCCGUCUCUGUCGCUCAUGACAACAAAACUAUCCCACUGCCUGCCACCAGCAUACAUUACGACAUAGCUAAGCAGGUUCUCUCCCUCCAUGGACUCUCCCUCUCUCUGGGGGAGACCUACCUGGUGCAGUGGGACCAAGUGAUGGCUGAGUACCAACGUUUCGACUGCCACCCCGAGGAACAUGCAGAUGAGGACAAGUGUAGGGCCCGGGGGUGCAUCUGGGAGAUAAGUAAUCUUGAACACGUGCCAUGGUGUUUUUAUCCUAAAGACUAUGGCUACACAGCUAACAUGAUAACCGAUACGGACUCAGGUAUGACCUUCGACAUCAUCAGGAAUAAAAAGCACAAGAGCAGUGGCCGUCCAGGGUCACCUGACAUCGACACACUUCGUGUGGAGAUCCGCUAUCACACCGCAGACAUGCUACAGUUCAAGAUCUGGGACCCAGCUACUAAACGUUAUGAGGUCCCUGUGCCCCUCUCCAUCCCCUCCACUCCAGAGACAGACAAGAACAACAGACUCUACCGGGUCCUCAUCACCAAGGAACCCUUUGGCAUCCAGGUCAUUAGAAAGAGCACCGGAACCAAGAUCUGGGAUUCCUCUGUGCCAGGCUUUACCUUCUCCGACAUGUUCAUCCAGGUGUCUACUCGACUGCCAUCAGAAUAUGUGUAUGGCUUCGGAGAGACAGAGCACCCCACCUACAAACAUGACCUCAAUUACCAUACUUGGGGCAUGUUCUCCAAGGACCAGCCUCCUGGCUACAAGAUGAAUUGUUAUGGAGUACAUCCAUUCCAUAUGAGCCUCGAGACCACCCAUCAUGCUCACGGCGUGCUCCUGCUAAACAGCAAUGCUAUGGAUGUGACUUUCCAGCCGACUCCAGCGAUAACAUACAGGACUACUGGAGGCAUCCUGGAUUUCUAUGUGUUCCUAGGACCUACACCGGAGCUGGUGGUGCAGGAGUACACUGCACUGAUUGGACGACCUGUUCUACCUGCCUAUUGGUCCCUUGGAUUCCAGCUGUGUCGUUACGGCUAUGCAAAUGACCAGGAGAUAGCAGACCUAUACAGGGACAUGAGGGCAGCUGGUAUACCCUAUGAUGUGCAGUACGCAGACAUAGACUACAUGGAUCGUCAGCUGAACUUUGUCCUGGAUCCACAGUUUAAUGGGCUGCCUGACUUGGUUAACCGCAUGAGGGGAGAAGGCAUGAGAUUCAUCUUCAUUCUGGAUCCAGCAAUCUCAGGCAAUGAGACACGCCCUUACCCUGCCUUCGUUCGGGGUGUGGAGGAUGAUGUCUUUAUUAAAUGGCCCAAAGACCUAGGCAAUGAUAUUGUCUGGGGGAAGGUGUGGCCUGACCAUCCUAAUAUCACAGUGAAUGAGUCUAUGGACUGGGAAAGCCAAGUAGAGCACUACAGAUCUUAUGUGGCAUUCCCAGAUUUUUUCCGCAACAGCACAGCAAAGUGGUGGCAUCGAGAGAUUGAGGAAUUCUAUCACAAAACCAUGAAGUUUGAUGGCUUAUGGAUCGACAUGAAUGAACCUGCCAGUUUUGUCCACGGCACCACUGGAGAGGAGUGCCUUGGCUCGCCACUUUUGGAGAACCCUCCCUAUAUGCCAUACCUGGAGUCCAAGCAACAUGGUUUGAACCACAAGACACUAUGCAUGAACAGCCAACAACUCCUCAGCGAUGGAACAGCUGUCAGACACUACGAUGUCCACAGCCUCUACGGCUGGUCCCACACCAAGCCCACCUAUGAUGCCCUGCUCAAUGUGACAGGGAGCAGAGGAGUAGUGGUGACCAGGUCUACCUAUCCCUCCAGCGGUAAAUGGGCCGGACAUUGGCUUGGGGACAACAACGCCAGCUGGGACCAGCUAUACAAGUCCAUCAUAGGCAUGAUGGAGUUCAGUUUGUUUGGAAUUCCUUAUACGGGAGCUGAUAUAUGUGGGUUCUUUAGUACGGCUCAGUAUGAGAUGUGUCUUCGCUGGAUGCAGCUGGGAGCCUUUUAUCCCUACUCACGCAACCACAAUGGCAAGGGCAACCCGAGGCAAGAUCCUGUGGCGUGGGACUCCGCAUUCGCCGAGGCAUCUCGUGAUGUUCUGAAUAUACGUUAUACCCUCCUACCCUACCUCUACACACUGAUGUUCGAGGCCCAUACCAAAGGAAGUACUGUGAUCAGACCGCUCCUCCAUGAGUUUUUGGCUGACAGCACCACAUGGGAUAUCCACAAACAGUUCCUCUGGGGACCUGCCAUACUCUUCACCCCUGUCCUAGAUGCGGGAGCCAUACAGGUGAAAGGCUAUGUCCCUGAUGCACGCUGGUUCGACUACCACUCAGCCAAGGACAUUGGGGUGCGCGGUCAGAAGAUUUCCAUGCCAACACCUCUGAAUCAAACCAACCUUCAUAUCAGAGGAGGGCACAUUCUACCUUGUCAGAAACCAGAGAACAACACACACCACAGUCGAAAGAAUCCUUUAGCAUUGAUAGUUGCCCUCAGUGAUAAUGGUACCGCUCAGGGUUCCUUGUUCUGGGACGAUGGAGAGGGAAUUGAUACAUAUGAAAAUGGAAAGUAUCUUCUGACCUCUUUCACAGCAGCACCUGGCUCCUUGUCUAGUCAGGUGAUCCAUAAUGGCCUGGCUCAAGCUGACUGGCUUACCCUCGGUGUGGUAAAGGUGUGGGGGGCAGGCAGUGUCCCAAUUCGGGAGGCGACCCUGACAGACUGGGCCGGGACACAACACUCUCUGAAUGUCAUAAGCUUUGACCAGGAUACUCAGGAGCUGAUAAUGGAUGCAACUUCCAAGUCAGUUCGGGGGGAUCAGCCAUUCACCAUAAAAUGGAAAACAUCCAUUUGAGCAGAACAAAGCAGAACUAAGUAUUUAUCAAUCAUUUUCUACACCAGCUGUCAUAUAUAGGUGGUAAAACCAUGUACAUUGUAUAAAACAUCCUUUUUUUCUGGUGCAGUAAUCUAUUUGUUAUGGAAGGGUUAGGGUUGGGUUGGAACAAUCUGAUCUUACAGUUUAUCAAGAACAUGUACAAAACAUAUUUUCAUGAUCCGCCAUUAACAUUGUAAAUAAA